UUUUUUCCUUUAAAUACAGUAGUCUUAGGUAAUUUUUUACUGAAACAGUUUUACCAUCAUUUGCUAUAUUGCUUGAAUAACCGAAUGCCAUUAGGGCAGGGAAAAUAUCAGGAUGGCCAGGUAUCAUGGCCCAAAGCAAUUGAACAAAGAGCUUUUACACAGAGCAGUUAAGACAAGUGAUGGCAAAACAAGGCAAGGGAACAAGCAUGUAAGAUUCAUGCACAGUUCAGUACAAUUGCUAUCAAACUAUCUAAGAAUAUAAUCGUUACAAUGUCUGAGUAUGCAUCAAGCUGGAAAGUCUCUUAUCAAUAAUAAGCAUCUCCCCCUGAUAAUAUUGGAUACCUGUAUUCAAUAUUCUUAUAAAAAUAACAGUAUGUAGAUAACACUACUAAUAAUUUUUAUGUGUGGAAAAGGUCAGUAACGACAAUAGUUUUAGGUAUUUUUUGUCUUGAAACAGUUUUAUCAUAAUUUUUAACUUUUUCCUAAGUAGCCUAAUGACAUAAGGACUAACAGCCAUGUAUUAUGGCUGAAAUGAUUCAUUGUAGAGCUUCUGCUUUACAACAAGGCAAAGUAACAAGCAUAUAAAAGUCAUGUACAGUUUAAUAUAUGUUAUCAAGUAAUAAAAUGAAUAUGAUGUGUCAUGUAUACUUUGAUUACACAAUUGUCUAUGGAUUUGCGAUUGUUGCAGAAAAUAUGCCAAUCUUAUGGUUGUUCUAAGAAAGAUGUUCGAAUUUCCGUGAAUAAACAUCCAAAUGCAAAAUCGUAAUGUAAUGUAAUGAAAAUUGUAAUGAAAAUAUGGUGCUUGCAUCGAAAAGUUCAUAAAGUUAGCUUGAACCUGUUUUGAUUCUCCUGAUCAAAAAUUUCAAUUUUACUUUCUCAUUCAUUAUCACCCUAUGAUAAAAACCUAAUUAUAAUUUGCUUUAAGUUUCGAUAGAAAUUCCAGUAAAAACUCUGGAUUACGUUUAAAAAGCGAAGGGAACUUUAUUACGUUUCCGUUUUUUCAUUCAUUUAUUAAAAAGAAAAAGUUGGCUUAAGUGGCAAGGGAAAACUGCAAAGGGUCUUUUCGAAACAUUUCCAAGAAUCAGUUAGAGGUCUACCUUGAUUGAAAAAUAACACAUAUAUUUUCUAUCAGAAAAUUCACUUCUUGCAGAUUUGACUGUACAUGCUUCUCUUCGCUUUGCAAAUGAUAGAGUAAAUUACCAGCAGAGACUAGCGAAUCGAUCAAGGAUGAAAACCAUUAAUAGAAUAGGCUUUUAAUAGGAACUAUAAUGAAACUGUUAGUAGGACAAACUGGAAACUGAGAUAGCUUAUGUCACUGCGGAGGAGGUUUAAGCAAAACUGACUGGGAGCUGGGAUUAUGACCCCCCCCCCUUCAGCUCCCUCUUUUUGUGCACCGUUUUCGGUGGCGUACCCAAAAGUUUCGCUUUCACAGUUUUCAUUUGCUUGCAUCUUUUGAAGUCUACUUGAACAUAAUAUUGGGAGCUACAGUCCCUAUCCCCCAGCCCCAAACCCUGGUGAUUUAGCAUUGCUUUUAGGGCAAGAUAUUAUUUUUUACUUAAUAAUUUUCCAACGCCUCCCGACAAGCAUGCUUAGCGAUCGCUCAAACAUACUCUCGUUGCUCCCCCCACAGAAAUCCGUGAAAGCUUGCUACUUUUUCAUCUGACCUGGUGAAUUUAAUGAUCUCAAGAUCAAGGGAACAUUUUUCUUAUCACCUAGAAGCAGGUUGCUAAUUUUUUAUCAAGCCUUUGACGAGUUUACUUCUUGGCUUUAGUCGAAAUGGCAACGAACAUUCUUUUUUUUGCGAUUCAUCCAUUAAAUACACUUGCGAUUGAUGCAAGACAUCUAGUAGCCGUGGUUUGUUUAUUUUGCGGUUGACGAAAGUCUGAUAUAUUUGAUAGCCGUGAUUUGUGUAUAAUUCACGUUUGUUAUUGACAAACCGCGCAAAAGCAUUGCGCGAAGAGGCGAGCAGAUUCAGUGAACAUGCAGCCAUGUUUGUAGUUCCAACUAAAGAAACACCAGCUUGAAGCCGCAACACUAAUAUCGAAGACAGCUUGCCCGAUAAAAAUGUCAAACUCCAUCAAUUUAUUUUGGUUUUCUGGCGCUAAUUCUGCUAUUAAUCUUAUUUUUGCUACCAGUUUUUCACUUAUUUUUGCUUUUUUGUUCAUUUCUUCUGAUUUUGAUGAGGCUGACAGCUGGAUAACACCAAGAAACAGUUCGUUUUUUGGACCAGAUGUGUUGCAUGGCUCGCUGGGCCUGGUUGAUCUCGGAUGGCGGAAAUCAAUAUCCUGCGAGUGUUGCUAGCUGUCCUACUCGGUUUGGCUGUUCUUGCUUACUUUGCGCUGCAAUAUUAUGAUUCACUCUGGAUUCCAUGCAACCUAUUCAAGUAUGCAUUGCGAGGAGACAGCCCGUGUCUACGUGGCAGAUUCAACGAUACUUUAUUGGUAAUAACAUUCAAUUUUCCUCUUUAUAAAAGCUUGCCUCUCUUGUAUUCGAUGUACCGCAGUGCGUUUCCUAAUAUAUAUGUUUGUGGGCCGAAGACAAAAAAGACGUCUACGAGAACGGCAUUCGAAAACUCUGUUAAUUUUCUUGACAUUCACAAGGGAUACUAUGCUUACGAUUGUGUAUCUGAAGCGAUAUUGCGCCAUCGAAACUACUCUGGAUAUCUUUUCCUAAUGGAUGACGUUUUGCUGAAUUUUUGGACGUUGCAAGGGUUCAAUUUCAAUCGACUUUGGGAGGGUCCAAAACAGCCGAUUGCAGUUGGGAAGUUUUCACCUCCUUCGCUAUGGUAUUGGUGGCAAUCGCGCUGGGGAAGAAAUAAAUGUCAGAAAGCUUACAACGAAGUGCAUCAUAUGAAAAAAGACUCUCCCGAAACAGCAAUUAUUGCUUCUGAAUUGCUGUCGAAACUGCGUCGUAACGGCAAUGGUGUUACCCGAUGUUUUCGCGGUAGAUCAGAUAUAUUUUACGUCCCCCGUAAGUUCGCGAAGAAGUUCAGCAUGUUGUCGUCGAUAUUUCGUAAACACGAGGUUUUUCUCGAAAUAGCGGUGCCAACAAUAUUUCGAAUGCUUGAUCGUGCUGAGAAUUUCGAGACACUUCGAGGACACUAUUUGCCGGGAAGGGUUGGUGAAGAACCCGUUACAGAUGGCAGAUACUUCUGGACUUUGUAUGACGAGGAUUUGAAUUUUCAGCAUCCGCUCAAGUUGCAUUAUGGCUCAAAUUCGACAAUGAACUUUGCGAUUUUACAAAACUGGUUCUUAGUGAAAGUAUCAGAAAUGACAAAUUGUCGUUCUAAUGAAAUAGUAUGAAUUCAGAGCUGUAACCAGUUUGGGUUGUCUUGUCAGCAAAACACCCCUUUAUUUUCAAAAACAUCUAGGUGUCAUUCUAUCGUUACAUGAAGUGCUUGGUGUUGGAUGCCAAGUGAGGGUAAUCACCUUGUCAUUCAUAUUAAUAAUUCUUUCGUCUGUACCAGUUGCUCCCAUCAACCCACCACCACCGUAUGGCCACAGGCACGAAUUAAAAUUUCGUGAAAAUAAAUAAUUUGAAAUGGGCAUGCUGUUGAGAUAUUUUUCUCAUCCGAUGUCUCAGUUGAAGCCUGCAAUCCCUCCAUUCUUUUGUCAUCUGCUAUUGUUCCAUUCUUUUGUCAUCUGCUAUUGUCAGCCGCUUCGCUCAUUGGCUUUUCAAGUAUCAUGUCAAUCAUCGAAGCAUGUUCUCAUGAAUGUCCCGCUCUACCUGCUUGCUAAUUUCAGCACUAAUUGUUUUAUACAGAUGCCUAGAUGAAUGCAGAAUAAGUUAGCUUUACAAUUGUAAAAAUAGCAUUGAUUUAUUGUAAUGUUUAUUGCUAUAAGCAUGUUUUGAGAUUGUUCUGAUAAGGAAGUAAGAGUUUCAAUGUAAACUAAAGUAUUUAUUUUAGUCUAAUUUUUAUCUGGCGUGUACAAGGAUAAAUAAAUGCAGCAUGAUAAGUUGAACAGAAACCGAGUUCGAAAAAGGUAUUUAUUAAUCCAAACUUUUUUGUUUAGAAGGCUUAAGAACAAUGCAAUUAAUUUAUGAAAUUAAGAAUCAAUACUAAUUUACUAUGGUGAGACAUUAAUGAUGGGGUUACCAUUUUACGUAUAGGUGUGCCUACAAGAAAUAUUGAUAAAUAAGACUAAUAAAAUCAAAGCCUUUUUCUCAUCUGGUCCGAUUUAUGUUUCACUCAACUAUUUUUUAGAAGAGUUGAUAACAUCUGAGUUAUCCAAACUGUUUUUAAAAUAGACGAAACAGCUAUUCAAAUUUAUUGAUUUCUAAGUUUUGAAAUUAGAGUAUUUAAAUAGUUUUUAAUAGUAUUUAAAAAGGAUUUCGUUUUCAACAUGAGACUCCAGUAGUAAUGCUUACGAUGGCAAUGCAGCACUGGUUGGGCAUCUUUAACUGUCAUGAACUCGCAUUUCCUUUUAUUUUCCUAUUCAGAUGAUAAAAAUUGAUGUUAAAGACUAGUGUUUUGUCAUUAAAUUAGAGGCUUGCAAUUUGUUCAACACUUUUUUAGGUUCAGGAAAUUUUCAGAAAAAGCAAAAUACUCUAAAGGUACAUCCCAAUUCAAUUAAGAUUUAGCAAUAUCGUAAAUUUCUUUUAAACAUUCAUGUCAAUUUAAAAUUUAGUUAAAGAAAUCAUUAUAAAUUAUGUCAAAAAUUAGUUUUAGCAGCUCCAGUCAAACAAAUGUAACAUAUUCAUUUGAUUAUUAUUUAUGUUUGUGUUACUCAUAACCAUUUAUCAUUAUUGGUGAUCGAUAUUCUAAAAAGUUUCUCGUCUGGUUUAAUCGUUAAGGCCUCCGACAACAGGGGCCAGUGGCAAUGGCACCCUAAACGUUUUGAAAAGCCAACAUGCUUUUUGAAACUCUUUUUAAUUUUCUUCAAUUUGCUAAUGCCUCCUCCCUCAUUUUAUUGCUUACGUUUAAUGCCCUGCAUAAAUAGCUCAAAAAUACACGAUCGCCAGCAAUUCUUCUGAUGCUAUAAAUUCACCCUCAUAGUGGCAUUUUAGUUGUGUAACAUUGCAAAAGCCCUACUUUCGGGAUUUUAACACGUGUCAUCGCUUUUCCCUAAAGCAUCAUCACUUCAGCCUAUUAACUGAUUAUCAACCGACUUAGAAGCACACGAUCAUGCUUUGUUAUUGCCUGCACUCCAUUGAUAAAGCAUUUAUCGUCUUAGAUUCGCUUUGCUUUUAUUACCAGAUUUGAAUUCUGGUUUUUGCCUAGUUUUGGUGAAGUUUGCUUUAUUUCCACUUUGUUUCCAUUAUUAGCAAACAUACUGCUGAAUUACAUUGUAAAUGUUGGGGAUUUUUGCUUGCUUUGUUUUGAUAGUCAACAAGUGUUUUUCAAAAUUGGAAAGGUUUUGAUAGAGUCAACAGCCUUGAUGAUGUGUUUUGUAUGAAAACAUUUUAUUGCUUCUGAAAUGCUUUCAAUUUUCAUUAUUCUUCUUUUACUCAAUUUCAA